AUGGCUAGGAAUUGUGCACCGAGUUUGAAUUUGCAAAAAAUCAAUCGAUCGCAUUCGAAUUCAUCAAUAUCCUCGAAUGGAACGGUUAAUUCAGGUCAAACAGCAAGUACAACUGUAAGUACAACAAGCAGCCAAAGACGAAGUGGAAUAUUGGGUAAAAUUGGAACUGGUUUUCGAUCAGUAUUCCGACGAUUUUCUCGUUCACGUGCAUCAUUAACUGAAAUGGAAACUCAAAUUUUAACAGCAAUGACAGGUUAUAAUCGAGAAGAAGUUUUGCAAUGGCAUGAAAAAUUCUUAAAUGAUUAUCCAAACGGUUAUAUGACUCGAAAACAAUUUAUAUUAAUCUAUAAAUCAUUGUUUCCUAAAAGUGAUGCCGAACGUUUCGCUCGUCAUAUAUUUCGUGCAUUUGAUGCGGAUAAAUCGAAUACAAUUGAUUUUCGUGAAUUUCUCAUUGGUUUAUCAAUAACAUCGGCAAGUAAUUCAACAAAAAUAAAACUUGAAUGGACAUUCAAUGUUUUUGAUAUUGAUGGAAAUGGUUUAUUAACAAGACGUGAAUCUUUAGAAGUUAUUGAUGUAAUUGUUCGAUUUUAUCUAACAUCACAAGGUGAUUCACCAAAUUCAAAUACAGAACAAUUAAUUUAUUUAGCUAAAAGGUCCAUGAUGAAAAUUUUCGAUAAUAGUAGUAAUAAUCCACCAACCGAUAAUUUAACAAAAUCACAAUUUGUUGAAGGUUGUUUAAAAGAUGAAUUUAUUUCUCAACUACUAGCUCCUAUGACAAAUACAUCAUCGACAACUGCACACGAUGCACAUGAUAGUUGCUUGGGUAAUUCAUAA